AUGAUGAAAGUGUUAUUUGUUGUUGCGUUGACAUUAUUUGCAAUUGUUCACUAUAGCACUGCCCUAACAUGCUACUCAUGUACCAAUUGUCCAGAUCCAUUUAAUCCUGCACAACCCGGUGUUAGGAAUAUCACUGCUGGUGCUGGUCAGUCUUGUAAGAAACAAAAAGGAAAAAUCCUCGGAUUUGAAGGUGUCAGCCGAACGGCAGAGGCAUGUGGUACAAAUAAGUGUGAAAAAGUUAGUCUUUUUGGUCAAUCGUCAACCGUAUGUUGUUGUAAUACAGAUAUGUGUAAUGGUGCGAGGCAAACAACAAUAACAACAUUAAUGGUUGUUGUUAUUGCAUUGGUUAUUGCAAUAAUGAAUAUGUAA